UGAAAUCUGGCAGCUCUGAUCCCACUCAUCAUUGCAUUGAAUGUCAGUGUUGUACAACUCGCUUUGUGCUUGGUGCUGAGUGAUUGUUUAAGUUAUUGUAAACAAUCGUUUGCUGGGUAACACGCAACUAAAAUAAACUCUUGGAAAAGUCAGUAAAUUCGCUAUUCAGCUUCAAGUAACAUGGCGGCUCAACUGGAAGGAAUAUUUGAACCAGAUUUGCAGAAGAAAAUUGCCGAUUCUAAGAUUUUGGUAGUUGGUGCCGGUGGCAUUGGCUGCGAAAUAUUAAAAAACUUGGUACUGUCCGGCUUUCAGGACAUUGAAAUCAUUGAUUUAGAUACAAUCGAUGUAAGCAACCUGAACCGACAGUUUCUAUUCCAUAAAGAGCAUGUUGGAAAGUCAAAGGCAAAUGUUGCACGCCAAAGUGCGCUAAGUUUCAACCCAAACGUAAAAAUUAAGGCUUAUCAUGACAGUAUUACUACAACUAACUACGGGGUGAGCUUCUUCCAACAAUUCAACUUAGUAUUGAAUGCCUUGGACAAUCGAGCUGCUCGCAAUCACGUUAACAGACUUUGUCUAACAGCUGAUGUACCGUUGAUUGAAUCAGGAACAGCCGGCUACAAUGGACAAGUGGAACUAAUUAAGCGUGGCAUGACGCAGUGCUACGAAUGUACACCAAAAGCAGCGCAAAAGAGUUUCCCAGGCUGUACCAUUAGGAACACUCCCUCAGAGCCGAUUCAUUGUAUUGUCUGGGCGAAACAUUUGUUCAAUCAACUUUUUGGCGAGAGCAACGAAGACGAGGAUGUUUCACCAGAUACAGCGGAUCCGGAAGCAGGUGCUGAAGCGGGUGAAACAGCACUAGCAGCAGAAGCGAACGAAAAAGGAAACGUAGAUCGUGUCAACACACGUACCUGGGCUCAACAAACGGGAUAUGAUCCGGAAAAAAUCUUCAACAAAUUGUUUUAUGAUGAUAUCAAUUAUUUAUUGAGCAUGUCCAACCUAUGGAAGAAUCGUACACCUCCAAAUCCAGCUAAAUGGGAUGCUUUGGAAGAGGAUGGAGGUACUGUUGCUCCAACCGAUGCGGUUUUACGGGACCAGAAAGUUCUCAGUUUAGUUGAAUCUGCUAAAGUAUUCGGAGAGAGUAUCGCAGCGUUGAAAGAAGCUUUUUCUAAACUGACCGAAGGUGAUCACCUAGUAUGGGAUAAAGAUGAUAAACACGCAAUGGAUUUUGUGGCUGCGUGUGCCAACAUUCGUGCGCAAAUAUUUAACAUCCCUCGUAAGAGCCGAUUCGAAAUCAAAUCGAUGGCGGGAAAUAUCAUUCCAGCAAUUGCUACCACCAACGCUAUCACUGCCGGCGUAGUAGUAAUGCACGCUUUUCGUGUUCUUAAGGAAAAAUUUGAUAAAUGUAAAUCGGUUUACAUGCGGCUGCGACCAAAUGCUCGCAACCAAUUGUUCGUUCCAGAUAGAGAUCUGAAUCCUCCCAAUCCUAAAUGUUACGUUUGCGCAGCGAAACCGGAGGUUGUUCUCAAGGUAGACACUAAGAACGUCACAGUCAAAGAGCUUCGAGACGACAUUCUUAUCAAGGCGCUCAAUAUGAUCGAUCCGGAUGUUAUUAUCGAUGGGAAAGGCACUAUUGUAAUUUCGUCGGAAGAAGGUGAAACUGAUUGCAAUAAUGGAAAGAAACUUGAAGAAUUGCAAAUUGUCGAUGGUUGCAUUCUAAAAGUGGACGAUUUUGUUCAAAACUAUGAACUAACGGUCACUGUAAUCCACAAAGAUCCUGGUCGUGACGAGCCCAACUUCGACAUCGUUGCUGAUCCCGAUUCACUUAAACCGAAGCAAGAUGAAACAAAAGAGGAUGAUGCGAAACCCUCCACUUCUGGUCAGAAUGGUAACUCGAAAGCAGCGCAGCAGGCAGUGAACGGUGCAGAUGAUGAUGAUGACGACGACAUGUGCAUCAUUGAAGAAGACGCAGAGGAAAAGGCAGGUCCAUCAAAGGAAGCAGAUGUAACCGCCGGUCCAAGUGGAGCUGGAACUGAGAAGCGAAAGAUUGAUGAUAGCGAAGAGCCAGCCACUAAAAAACCUCGGGUCUCCAAUGAUGAUGAUGACGACGACGAUCUAAUCGUCAUCAAUUGAAGUUUUUUAUUAAUUUCCUCCAACACUGUCAUGCGCAGAAAUUACGCAAGUAACGGAUAAUAAAUGUACACGUGCAAGUAAAAUACAA